AAUUUUUAAAAACAAAAACAUAACCACUCGAUCUCAGAUAUAUUUUCUUCAUUCUACUCUCUGUCACAGCUUUUCUUUUUCUUCUAAAUAACUCUAAUAUGCCUUCUGUAACAUCAUCUCAAUCCAACCAUAACAAUUUCAAGCAAAUCACUCGUAACAGGCUGUUAAAUGAAAUUCUAAGAUUAGACACCAAAUCAAAAUCUACAUGCAAACAAAAGAUACUUGUCACUGAUGAUUUCACUCUGAAAAUAUUGUCUCACUCAUAUAAAGUGAGUGAGAUUAAUGAAGAAGGCAUAUUGUUGGAACAUCUUUAUAAGAGAAGAAGCUCAUUCACAUAUUUGGAUGCAAUUUACUUCAUUCAACCAACUCAAAAAAAUGUCAACUUGCUCAUAUCAGACAUGGAUGGAAAUGAACCUUUAUACAAAAAGGCAUUUGUAUUUUUCAGUUCACCUAUUCCAAAAGAAUAUGUUUCAAGAAUCAUUUCCAAGGAUAAACCUGUCUUAUACAGUCGAAUUGGUGCAAUAAGAGAGAUGAAUUUGGAGUACAUUCCUAUAGAUAGCCAGGGUUUUGUUACCAACAAUGAGAGGUCUUUAGAAGAACUCUAUGGAGGAGAUGAUGAUAAUGAAACAAAUGAAAAGAUGGCAUGUUUGAAUGCCAUAGCUACUCGAAUCGCCACAGUUUUCGCUUCUUUGAGGGAAUUUCCUUGUGUGCGCUACCGAGCUGCGAAGUGUGGUGGUGAUGUAACUGAAACAACAAAUUUUCGCGAUUUAAUACCAACAAAACUUGCUGAUGGUGUGUUGGAUUGUCUUAUGAAAUAUAAGAAAACAAUUCCUGAUAAAUUUCCACAAACAGAAACAUGUCAAUUGCUAAUCCUUGACAGAGCUAUAGACCAGAUUGCUCCUGUAAUACAUGAAUGGACAUAUGAUGCAAUGUGCCAUGAUUUACUAAACUUUGAAGGAAACAAAUAUGUGAAAGAGGUUUCUAGUGAAAAUGAUUGCCCUAUAGAGGAGAAAGAAGUCUUUUUAGACGAUCAUGAUCCUGUUUGGCUUGAACUUCGUCACGCUCACAUUGCAGAAGUUGGUGAAAAGUUACAUGAAAAAAUGACAAAUUUCAUAUCAAAGAACAAGGCAGCACAAUUCCAACAUAGUUCAAGUGUUCAUGAAAAAUUAUCUACAUUCGACUUGCAAAAUAUGGUUCAAGCAUUGCCACAAUAUACCAAAGAAAUUGACAAGCUUUCACUUCAUAUAGAGAUUGCAGGGAAAAUUGACAAAGGGAUCAAGGAACUUGGGCUUAAAGAGCUAGGAAAGCUAGAACAAAGUCUUGUUUUUGGAGAAGCUGGAUUGAAUGAAGUACUAAAAUAUUUGACCAAGAAAUAUGACACUACUGGUUUUAUGGGUUGCACAAGGGAAAACAAGUUGCGGUUAUUGAUGAUUCUUGCAGCCAUUUACCCCGAAAAAUUCGAGGGCGAUAAGGGAGUGAGGUUGAUGAAGUUGGCACAAGUACCAAACCAAGAUUGGAGUGCUGUGAAUAAUAUGAGGCUUCUUGAGAGUUCAUCAUCACAUUCAAAAGAAAGCCCAAAAAGUCCUUUUGCCCUAACUUUUCACAAGAAAAAUCGCGCAGUUCGUAAAGAUUGCGAAAAUGACGAAGAAAAAACAUGGCGAUUCUCGCGUUUCUAUCCCCUUAUAGAGGAACUUGUUGAAAAACACAGCAAAGGUGAACUUUCAGAAAUAGAUUAUCCAUGGUUGAAUAAACCAAGUCCAAGUUCAUCACCAUCUUCAAAACCAUUUCAUAAUUUUGUGAACUCAAAACGUACACCAACAUGGGCUCGAUGCCAAUCCUUUCAUGACAUGUAUUCAAAUGAUGAUUUCAAGAAGAUGGGCCAAAGAAUUUUUGUAUUCAUUGUUGGUGGUGCAACUAGAUCAGAGCUUAGGGUUUGCCAUAAACUUACUAGGAAGCUGAAAAGGGAAGUUGUCUUAGGCUCUACAAGUCUUGAUGAUCCUUUAGAAUUUAUAAUGAAGUUGAAGUUGUUGACAGCACAUGAUGAAAUCUAGUAGUGGAAGAUCCAUUAAGGUUAAUGAGCUUAAUUAGUAUUUAAUGUUUUUUUUUCUAUAUUUUUUUAACAAUAUUUUGGCUAAUUAUAUACCAUAUGCAAAUUCAGUUAUGAAUUAUUAGUUUAGGGAUGAUAUUAAUUUUUUACAAUAUUUAAUAUCAUUAUUUAUAAUAUUUUGUUUUGUUUUUUUUUUUUUUACUGGAUUAUUAUAAACCAGGGUUCAAAACUUAAUAUUAUUAUUCAUUAUUAUAUUAGUACGUAUGAUAUUGGUUCAAACUAAUUAUCAUCAACAACUUAGAUAUAUGUAUGAUUAAAACUCAAUAUUUUUUAUUUUUUAUUUUUGAAAAAAAGCGUACUUAGGAUAAAUAGAAAACAGUUAGACCUUUCUGUUAUUACAUAAAAGGUUUACAGGAAUAGUUGAUAACGGAAUAAAAGUAAACUUUUGGUAAGUAAACGCCCACUUAGUCAUAGUAUGGGCGACAAAGUUACAAAACCUACUAAUAUUAGAGAAAAUACAACUAAUAAAUAAGAGAGAAGAACUAUUACAAAAUGAGACAUAGUUUUCAAGUGCCACUACUACAAGAGAAUGCCUUUUAUCCCGGUUUUUAAGGCUUUUUAUCCCGGUUUUCGCUAAAAUAAAAACCGGGAUGUAUGCCAGUGGGAUAAAAGGUAUUUAAAAAACCGGGAUAAAAGGGAUACUUUUUA